UUUGAGGCGGCACCUCGGGAGCAAAGGCUGCCUGCACGCCUGGCAGAAAUCCCCACGCGUGCCUGCCGUGGGUCAUCGAGUGGCUCAGUAAUCCUUCUCCACUCUCAGGACUAUGGAGGAGUGAGGUGGAGCCUUGUACUUCUGAGAAAGGAUAUAAAGCUGCUGGCAUUUGCCCCCGACGAGGGACAAGGACCCGCAUUCAAAAAAAAAAAAAAAAAGGCAAAAUGAAGAAUCCAGGCGGAGCCCCCUUGAGAGCUGAAAACUGCCUUUCCCUGAUGUGAAAAAAAAUGUAAUUUACACUGUUUCAACAGAUCCCGAUUGCUCUAAGUUGAAAUGAAUGUGCUGCCUCAAGCAGUCAUAAAAAGCCCAUUGGAGCAUCCGAGGUUCAUAGAGCAGACCGUUUGCCCACCAUUAGACUUUGCAAGGAUUCAUUUGAUCAAAGACAAAGAUGGCAUAGAUGAUUAUUUGGCGAAGAAUAUCAAAGGGUUGUCAAAACAAGAAGCUGCUGCUAACAGGAAUUCAUACAAGGAGAACAUCUGCAUAGACAUGCUGCGACAGGGUUAUCACAAGUCCUUCUCCGAGCUCUUCACUCUGAUACAGAAGUGGAAUGCCUUGAGGGAGGCUGCAGGGCCUGGGUCAGCCAUAUGGCAGCAGAAGUCCCUGGAGGAGCAGCCUGAUAAGCUGGAUCAGCUUUACCACUUCCUGACCAGGGCUGAGGCAGCCCAGCGAGCAGGGCACUAUGGGGAGGUGUAUGAUAACCAGCUUAACUUGGCCUACUGUUUCAAUGACCCUGAGGACAAAUGGUUAAGGACUUACUUUUAUGAACGAUGCUUUAACACUGCUCAUCUAAUAAAAACUGAUGGUGGGAAAAGACGAGCACAAGCACAUGCACACGUGGGCCUCAUCAAUGAGGAACAAGGUCAUGUCAUGAAGGCUGCUGAGCAUUUUGAAGCAUUUUAUCAAUUAACAGAGGGCUCAACAUGGAAGGAUGAGACAGGCCGUACUUACAAUUCACUGGCAUGUGAGCACCUUUGGAGAAUUUAUACAUUACUAGCAGACAAAAUGCUAGAAAACAAAGAACAAGAACAGGCCAUCAAAAUGCUAAGAAAAGCUUUCAGAAUGGCAAAAGAAGGAGGUGAUAAAAAGAUGGAAGGAGAGGCUGCAUAUUGCUUAAGUUUGGCGUAUCAUUUUGCUGGCGAAGAAAAGACAGCAUUAUCAAUUUUGAACACCUCUGUAAAAAUAUUCACAGCACUGUGUGAUUCUUCUGGCCUAGGAAGAGCAUAUGAAAUGAUAGCCAAGAUCCUCGUAAGUCAAGGAAAAGUGGCUGAAACUCUUACGUCCUUGGAAGAGUUUAUGAAGGUUGCUGAGAAUGCUCAUCUAAGCCAAAGCCUGGUGGAUGCAUGUGUAUUGCUUGGGAACAUUUACAAUGAAAGAGGGAACUACAAUAAAGCUUUUGAAUAUUUCACUAAAGCUUUUGAGGCAGCAAGCAUUUUAAAUAAUUUGCCCUUAGAGGAGGAAACAAAGACUUACUGUGGCAUUGCGAAGACUCAUAAACUGAUGGUGGCGUUUAACAGCUAUAUAGAAGCAGAAGAUCCUGUCAGUCUCAAGUACCUGCUGGCAUGGAAGGAGAACAGAAGUGACAUGUGCACUGACCCUCUCGCAGUCGAGCUUGAUAAAGAAACAAGUGAUUCAAAGCCCCUGUGAGCCUAUUCCAGAGACACAAAUUCUAGAGAACACCUGCUUGCUUACAGAGAAGCUCAUAGAUGUCUAUUAUAAAAACUGGAAGAUCCUUGAAGACUCAUGUAACAAAGUAAGGAUUUUGGUGGAAAUUCUGUCACUUAAGUGGGUGCGCAGUGGUGCAGUAUAAAUAUCUGAGAGCUCUAAGUUCUUGUCUGUCUGAAGGGUGGCCUCAUCUUUUUUAUGAAAAGUAGCUAGUGUCAUUGAAAUAAAUACAAAAGGAAAAGAAUAAUACAGAACAGAAUGUCUGUUGUUUGUGCCACUAAUGCUUAUUGUCUUCCAAAGUGUCGAGAUCCUCCCAUUAAGAUACCAAACAUCCUUUAUGUCUGCUGAAGU